AUGGAUUUCAAAUCUCCUUUUACCCUGCAGUGCGUGCUGGUGAUAAUAAUCAUGAUUAAUGAGCCAACCCAAAUCCCAGCUGUUCAUGUCUCCGGCCACAUUAAUGAGGGAGGAGAAUUACCUUGCGAGAGGGCUAACCAUUCCAGUCUCCGCUUUCGUUGGAAGCUGAAUGGACAACCUGUGGAUCUGACUGAGACUGAGGAUGAUGGCAAGUGGAUUAUUUUGGUGAAAGAGGUGACUGGAAGGCUUGACUGUCAGAUUCACCAUAAAAACAGCAUCAACGAGUGUUCCGUCAUAGAAGUGGAGUGUAACGAAGGAAACCUGCUGCAGCAACCUUUGUUCAUUUACACCCUGGCAGCAUGUGGAGGGGGAGCAAUUGUCCUGGCUGUUAUAGCGUCACUGAUAACAUGCUGCUGCCUGAAAAGCAAACAGCAGUUCAUUCCGGUGCCUUCAGAGGAGGAAAAGGAAGAGGGAAUGACGAUGUCAGUCAUCUCCAAUGAAGAAACAAAGAGCCCUCCAAAUGGAGACCACCAUGAGGCACCAUCUGCCCCAGAUGACAGCCCUCCAAACCCUGAAAGCACAGAGACCUGUCAAGGUCUUGAGGCAGAGCCCAAGAUGGAGGCAGAGUCUGAGGUCACACCGGAUCCAGAGGUGGUUGUUGACAUCAACAACGAAGAAUUUUUGUGCGACUCUUUCCCUGAUCCUAUUGAUCCCUGACCAGACACGCUCACUGUACCGGCCUGGGGCCAGGGGGGGCAUCCCCUCUGUAUUCCAUAGUCUCAUUCCAUGUAAGAACUUGUCUGCAAAAUAACUGAAUUAGAGGGGGAAAGUCCACAUGCGCACAGAUUACAGGCCUGCAAACCUUAUUAAAAACCAUGCUUGGGCGCUAUCAUUAGCAAUGGGCAAAUGGGUUCAAAUAUUAAUAAGA